AUGGACAUUGUGGUGUCUUCCCCCUAUUUCGCCGUUUGGAAGGGUCAGCGCCUUACUGCAAGGCCCCAGUCGAGCUCUGUGGCUAAGCAGAGACCGGCUGCUUCGCCCAGACGCCUCAACCAUGCAGUACUGACGCCCCCGCUGCUGUCAGGAAACCUCGGAGUUGUUACACAAAGCGGAGAGCUCAGUGCUUAUGCCAGUUACAUCUAUGACUCUAUUGGGAAACGGAUUUAUUUUUCCGAAUUCGGACAAUAUGACAAUCACCAAUUCAAGCUGGAUGUCCUUUUGCUCUUCAACCAAGGCGUGAAGUACACCUUUAACAACGAGGCUGGCACAUGCAAGAAGACCCCGCUGAAAAAAACCUUCAUGCCUGCUGACAUCCCUAGAAACGCCACGUUCCUGAGUGAGGAGAUUCUGGGCACCUCUUCCAUCCAAGGGCAGGGUUUACUGGUUAACACCUGGACAGGUGAUGUGCCUGCCACACAAGGAAAGUACAUGACCACUGUCACUCAGAUUGGCUGCAUACCUGUCUCCAGUCUGUAUUACACUCCCAAAACCGGCUGGAUUGUCACCAGCUUCAUAAACACGGUUUUGGGCAUGGCUAACCCAGAGCUGCUCCUCCCCCCCAAGACCUGUGACAACGCCCCGCUGGAGACGACCGAGCCCGAGGACUUCUUCAGCACCUUCCGUAAAAAGGGCUCACAGUAG